AUGCAGUCUCAAGCCCACACCCAAGACGAUGCUUCAACGGAGACCAGCCGCACAAACAAGAGAACUCGCCUUGACCCACAGCUAAAUGCAACGGGCAGAGACCGAUCCUCGGGCGCCCAGCCAACCCGGAGACGCGUUGCCGUAGCAUGCAAAGUGUGCCGUUCCAGGAAGACGAAGUGCGACAGCCGCUGGCCGGUUUGCAGCUACUGUGAGAAGAGCAACUCAGAGUGCCGAUACGAUACUGUAGACUCGGCAGAUCGGCCCUUAAGUCACGAUUUGGGCAUGCAGAUCUUGCAGGCCGUCCGAGACUUAUCACAAGUUGUGAGAGAACAACGCUCACCGGACCUAUCCGAUACACCCUCUCAUACCCAACAUGUAAUACAGCCAACAAGACAUAGUGAAGCUGACUCCCUGGUCAACUUAACUGCUACACCACAGUCCAUUCCAGCUCCCGAAGGUCACGUUGAAAGAUUCUCAGAAGGACUCGAUAGGAUCUUGACAUGGAAUGUGUUUCCACAAGAAAUCGACCCUAUCCCCGUCGAUGACGGGAGCUUGAUGGCUAUGCCCGACGAGAUCCCUCCAAUAAGUUUCCCAGAGCUAAAGAGGUUGCAGAAAUGCUAUCUCAGUACUGUCCACAGCGUCAACCCCAUUCUAGACGUCGUUGUUCUCGACCAGUAUGUUACAAAAGUCUCCGAAAAUGGCCUGGACUGGACGACGCAGACAUGCCUUGUUGCCCUUGUAUGUGCCAUCGGCGCAUUGUGUCACGACCCGCAUGUCGAAACACCAAAGAGCCAUAAUAGUUGGGAUGUUGACCAAACCACGGAUAUUGCUUAUAGGUACUGGAGCGUCGCGUGUAAACGGCUUGGGAGAGCAAUGAGUCACAAUACGUUGGAAUCAGCCCAGUGUUUGUGUUUGGCAGGCAUCUGGUUUAUGUGUAAUCUACAACCACUCGAGGCCUGGAGGUAUUUUACGAUGGCAGGAAACUCCUGUUAUUCUGCAAUAUGGGCCAGAGAAUCUGCCAUGCCUUCCUGGCCACAGAAUUCCCCUUCCAGCCCACAAGCAAUCAAGCAAAGCAUUUUCUACACCGCAUAUAAAUCAGAAGUCGAGAUUCGCUACGAGAUACCCAGCUUGCCUGGCUCGAUGCUGGAACACAUCGAGGAUCGCCUCACGUUUCCGUCACCGCCAGCAGCGAAUUGCCUGUUCGACGAGACUAUAGCUUGGUACUACUUCCUCGCAGACAUCGCCGCCCGACAUUUGAUCAACCGCAUCGUCGACGCCAAGGUUGAGAUCUCCGGGUGCCCCAGCGAAGUGCAAGCCAGGACUUUACUCCGAUCAUACGAGGUUUUCGGCUCACAGCUGCAAGACUGGUAUCUGUCCCUACCGCCAGAGAUAUCGUUCCCGCCGCCGGAUGCAACCAUCUCCCCCGAGUCGAAUAUCUAUAAAAGAAUCCUUCGUUCGCGGUAUCUCUUUAUCAAGGAGCUUCUGUGUCGGCCGUUCGUACGACUAUGUCUCAACUACGACCUUGAACUCCCCAGCGCUCUGGAUGAUGAGAUAGUCAGUAUAGCCUCCCUAGGCCUCCAGUAUUGCGCUUGGCGACUAAAGGCUGUGGAUCGAAUGAACAAGCUCGAUCAUGGACUGUGGAUAUGGAUUCGAAAUAGCACAGCUUGCUCUAUGAUACUGAUUGGUGCUGCUCGGAGCCUCCAGUUCCACUCUGUCACUGCAUCUAAGCGACUAGUACUUCCUCAAGACUGGCGUGAGAUUGUUGUUUCUUUCUUACAUGGGCUUGAGAAGUAUUCUCACGAGACAAGAGGCGGCGUAGCUGCAUGCUAUCGACUUGUGACAUGGGGUCUUGACGGGUUUCAACCAAGCUCACCGGAUAUCAUUUGA